AUGAACAAGGAAAAGGUGGGGCGUCGAUUGGAUCUUGUGAGCAGCUCCUCCGGUUCCAUCAUCAGUGUAGCGGCGUGGUGUGCGUUGCAGGCGUCUAGUGCGGAUGUCAUUAUGUCUGCCAUUGACGAGCGGAUGCGGGCCGCCAGCACCACCGACGCCACCCGCUGCGCGCUGCUGUACGUCCUUCACGAACUGCUGCUCACAUGCGCCGCGAACGGCGUGCCGGAGACGUCGAAGCGGGCGGUGCUGCUGGCGGUGAGUCGCACCCUCCCCGCCACCGUCCGGGCCGUGCGGGAAAGGAAGGAAAAGGAGCGGCGGGAGGAGAAGGAGGAAGAGGGCGGAGGGGCCUUCGAGGAGGCGCUGGCGCGGGUCGGGGGGUGGUGGGCGCGGCUCAACAUCUUCCCGCGGCCGUGGCUCGCCCAACUCGCAGGCCCGCCGCAGGCCGCGCGCAGUUCCAUCCCAGCAAGACUGCGACAUAUCGCCGCUGUCAUCGCACAGUACAACGAAACGAAGGAGAACUCCGCCCGCGAGGAGGCGCUGCAACAACUCGCACAAGUUCGUGCUAUCGUCGAUGAUGAACUCGGUGGCGGUGCUGCCCUUAAUGCGUGGCUAGAUGCGGAGCGGGACGCCCUGCAAGGAAACGUGCAAAACACAGUAUCCCCUUCAACGCAACAGAAGGAAGAGGACGAUGUUCUUGGUUCUUUCUUUUAA